AUGAGCCGGCCAGGCGGCAGCGGGCCGUCCGCGCCCCGCGUACCAGAAGACGGUGCAGCUCUCAGUGUCCGCCGCUUGAAGCGCAUCGCCGAGGACGGCCCCCCAGUCGUUGGGACAAUCAAGCGGCCCCGAGGCGGCUUUGCGCGUAACGACAGCGGUCUCCCUCCGAGUGUCGGCUUCGCUGGUUCCUCAGGUGGCGGCGGACGUGGGCGCGGGCGAGGGCGCGGCGGGUCCUUCAACCACGGCGGCGGUAACAACGCCAACCGAGCUUCAGAGGCGGGAGGGGACAACCCGGCGGGUCUAGAGGACGUGGCCGGGGGAGAGUUCCAACCCACUGGCGCCAACGCCGAGCCUCAAACGGACUAUUACUCGACAGGCGCAGAUCUGUAUGCCGACUACGCCGACGUUGGUACGGGCGAGGAGGCUCAUCACGGGCACGAGGAAGACCACGAACCACAAAGUCCGCCACCGGCCCCGCGGAUAGGAAGACCGGAGCUCACGGAUAGUUACCGCCCCGAGCGACAUGCGCUUCCGCCUAGACCAGACGUCAGGUCGCCUGGUGGCUCGCCGCAUAGGUCUAUGCCGCCGCCUUCCUCGCCCCCACGCAUGCUCCCGCCAUCGACACCUGCGCAGCCGACACCAUCUCGCGUCUCAUUGUUGUCAUCUUCGCCGGUCGCACGCUUCCACCUCGACUCUGACAUGGUGUUUGAGCUGGCGUCCGAAGCUGAUCACGCCGAUCACGAUGAGCCGCCCGCACGCAAGGAGAAGGAAAGGGAGGUGAGGAGGGGUUACGGAGAGUACACGUACUCGCCGUCUUCACCUCUUCCCGAGCUCGCAGCGAGCACGCAUGACGAUGGGUCAUGGAACUCGGCUCUCGGUCUUACCACGGCUCCUGCCCCCAAGCCUGCAGCCGCGGACAAGGGAAAGGAGAAAGAGAAGCAACCCACGAGACCGCCACUUCCGCCGUUGGAGAAGGACGACAAGCUUGCGCCCAAACCGCUCAAGAUUAAGCCGAUGAACCGCAAUGUGCGGAAGAACGACCCGCCGAAGCCGCCGAGCUUGGCUUUGCCAAAGGAGAAGGAGGAGGCACGACUUGCGUCCAAGUCACCUGUCGUCUCAAGACCGCCUUUGGCGGUAGACAGCCGGUCAAAGUCGCCCAUGCCCUCAAGACCGCCGCAGGCUGUCAGUGGUGCUUCCACGUCUGCGAUGCCUGCGGCAUCUUCCUCGGCAGCACCUCUGACAUCGACAGCCUCCUCCAGCUCGAUUAUCAACAUUCCUCCUCCGCCCCGAAUGCGUACCCCGGAGCCAAUUGAGCUGUCGAGCUCUCCUCUGGUCGCGACCUCAUCGAUUCCGGGUCCCGCGCCCCGCUCACCCGAAGAUGUCAAGCCCAACCUGGCGCUCCUCGCUCCGUCUUCCCCGCCACCUGCACCUGCACCGGCCGCUUCAAUGCCGCGCGAGGGCGUCCUUGCUUUGCGGCGAGCUGACCUGCCCACAGAUUGCUUCAGCACUGACCGCAUUCGCCGCGUCCCGGCCCGUCACAUUGUUGCACAGGACGCGAAAGCUCGUGUCGUCGCUGAGGGCAAGAUUGUCCUUGGCACUCGCUGGCGUGAUGACGGGUUCUGCGUAGACUGGCAGCUUCCCGCGCGCCCGGAGAGCGACUCGGACGACUCGGACGACAGCGGUGUCGAGUUUGUUGCGGCGCCGCCGCGUCCACCGCCACCCGUCGUCGAGAUUAUCGAUAGCAGCGAGGAUGAGGAGCCGCUCGCACGCAAACCGAAGAGCAAACGAAAAGGAAAGUCCAAGCGUCGCAGUGAGGAACCUGGGCAGAGCCGCGAUCAUUCCGCUGCGGCAACAACCGCUACAACGUUGUCACCGACUCGCUCGCCUCCACCGAGAGCGUUCGCCCGUGUCCCUAGCACUGGUACACAGCGCGGCGUCGACUCAUCGACCCUCCCACAUGAUCCCGAGACGCCCGAGUCCGGCCCCGCCCCGCUGCCACUCCUUGAUAGCGACGAACGUGACGCCGACAAGUGGGCCGAGUACGUUGCCGCGAAUCCGAAUGGCUCGAUCGUCCUCCCCUUCCCGGUUAAGUUCCAGAAAGAGGACUCGCGCCAGACUCGCGGCUAUGUUAAGUGGAAGGAACGCCAGCUCGUUCUCUUCCGCACGUACCGAUCGCAUGUGGCUAGUAACGAAGUCACUUCUGCCGAGACGGACGGGAAGGAUGCCUGGGCUCCCGGUCUUCGGGUGCGCUGGCGUGCGCUCUCAGAGGACGAGAUCUCUGCCGCCAUCGAGAAACGCAGGCGCGAGAAGCGCGAGCGCAGAGAGGCGAAGAAGGCAGCUAAGGAGGCGAAGGAGGCUGACAGGCGCUCAGCGUCUGUCCGUCCCCGUGAACCAAGUGAACCUCAUCAGCCCGAACAGAGAACCAAUUCGAGCUGGGUUGCCGCCCAGGACCCACGACCGAUCGAGGAGCGCGAUGAGCUCGAUGAGGAGGAGAGCAAGGACGAUAUUGCAGAGCGCGCCGCGAGACAGGAGAAGGAAAAGGAGCGCAAGAAGUCGGACCGCGCGGAGCGCAGAGCCAUGGCCAAGCAGCCUCAGGACUCUGCGCCGAGACCGUCUGCGUCACCCGCCUUCCCCCUCGCGGCUCUACCUUCGCACGCUCUGCCGGCGCCGACGCCAACGCCGCUCGUACAGCCCUCUGCUCUAUCUGCGCUACCAGCCCCUGCUGUGGGCAGCGUUCCCUCCCCGCCACCGUCGCCGCUUCCGCUCUCCGAGACGUCACCUGAGGAUGCAGAACUCGCCCGACUGCAGAACGAGAUCAGUGCCGCGCUCGAGAAACUCGACCGUUGGCAACGGCUCAAGGACUCGGUUCCCGGCAAGGUUGACGUGGUCAGCGCGCAGAUCGAGCAGGUCACGCUCGAGGUCUUCUCGCUUCAGACCGAAUAUGAGCGUUUACUCGACGCGAAGAAGGCGAGAAGGGGAGGAUGA